AGUGCCUUUUCAUACGUCACUUGGUGACAGUCUUUACUUGGUGUAUGAAUGUCAAAAUGGGGAAAGCCUCUUUUGAACUUCCGUUUCGGCAAGGGAACACGAAUUCCUUACUGCAGGUGACCCAGUCUAACCAUGGCUCCAUCGCGGAAGAAUAAAGUCGUGAAGGAAGAGGUGCAGGUGUCGCUCGGGCCGCAGGUACGCGAUGGUGAAAUCGUGUUCGGUGUGGCACAUAUUUACGCCAGUUUCAAUGAUACCUUCGUACACGUCACGGAUCUAUCGGGUAAGGAAACCAUCUCCCGUGUGACCGGUGGCAUGAAGGUGAAAGCCGAUCGUGACGAAGCCUCGCCUUAUGCCGCUAUGUUGGCCGCUCAGGAUGUGGCGGAAAAGUGUAAAUCGCUCGGCAUUACCGCCCUUCACAUUAAGCUGCGUGCGACUGGUGGAAACCGCACGAAGACACCUGGACCGGGUGCACAGUCGGCGCUCCGUGCGUUGGCCCGUUCUUCAAUGAAGAUUGGUCGCAUCGAGGAUGUCACACCGAUUCCAUCCGAUUCUACUCGCAGGAAGGGUGGUCGCCGCGGUCGUCGUCUAUAAGCCGACAUCCUUAUACCCUUCUUCCUCGUGCGCUUUCGGUCGAUUUGGUAUUCUACUUGUGUAUGCUAUGAUUUGAUGUUUGCUCAUCUGAUUUUGUUAACCUCGGUAAAAAAGACGUACGUACUUUUUUCUGGUCCAGCGCUGUAAGAAAAAUAUUACGAAUGGUUACAACUGUAUCAUCCGGAAUACCAAUAAAUUGUGAACCACUAAAAUCCUUUUAAAAACGCCAA